GAUUCUCGUUGACUCCCGUCCUCAAACUGGCAUUUCUGUGUGCACAUGGCAUCGUUGUAUUCUAUUCAAUUCUAUUGUGAAGUCCAGAUGGCAGUUUCAUGACACUUUCGUAGGUAAGCGAACAGGUCGCUCCAACAUACAGCAAAGUAUUCUAUGAUCGGUGAAUGCUGGAUAUACAGUUUCAAAUUUGAACGCCGCUAGAUCGAUCAACUGUCAAACAAUACGUUAAGAAUAACAUGGUGCGGUUCCAAUUUUGUUUUAUCGAUUUGACGAUCCGUAAAUCGUUCGGAUUCUUAAGCUGCGUACGAUAAAUUCCACUGAGCAAUCGCUGGCAAUCGAGAAACGAACAAAGGCAAAUUUUUUUGACGAUGUUCACACCGUCGAAGCCCAUCGGGGCAGAUUUUAUGGAUAUGACUAUAUUGAGCACUCCACAGCCGCAAGCAGCUUCGACCGUACAGAGAAAAAGCACACUGGAAAGCAGAAUCUUUGACAAAAAUGAACCCGUUUGUAAACAAACAGCCGUGCAACAGCAUGAUGUGACACGAAAGUCCGAUGAGUCCCUUGGUAUACUCAGUAAUUUAUCCUCUUUUUUAGCUGAAGUAAGUGGUGUCGGAGACAUAGAGAAGCAAGAUGAGAAUAAACUGGACACAGAACGUGAACUUGCUAGGAAGCUACUUCAGAGAUGCAGUGAUAUAAAACCCACGUCUAUUACAUAUGAUACGAACAAAGAGAAUAAUGCAAAUAUACAAAAUUUAAUCGCGACGGAUUCAGGACAAUCGAAUUCUCAAAAUAAGAAUACAUCCCAUAUACCUGUUACUAAAUCAAGUAGUGUCAUCUUCGAGCCAAAUGAGAUAAGCGCACGUUCGUCCGGAUUAAGUAAUACUACAAGGAAGUUAUCUACUACAUCGUCGAACAAAAGUUUGAAUGCUAUGUCGUUUGAUUCUACAACCGCUGAACUGAUGGCCCAGCUGGCUCAAAACGAGGAAUUCCGCCCAGCCUCUGAAAUGGCCAGUCAAAUGCUUGCUGACGAAGUGUCCUGGCAACAAAAUUAUCCUUACGCUCUCCCUACCACAACUCCCACAGAAAAAGAAUACUUGAACUUAUCCUGUUUCUCUGGCAUCAUCGGCGAACUAGAUUUAUCAGUAGAAUCCUGCGCUGAAAAACUAACUGUGGAUGAGUUUUUCAAAAGGAAGUGCGGAGAUUUUGGAGAAUUGUCAGACGACGCAGCGAGAAGACCGAGUCUUGGCAUAUCCAUAGACAGUCCAAGAAAGAAACAACUUGUACCUCUAAUUGAUUCAACUGUAGUAACAGAAGACACUUCGGUCGAGUCUUACGUUGUCAAAGAUAAAAGCCAAAGUGUUCCGAACAUAACGAAGGACAUAGAAGAUCAAAGUAUUAUGAGUCUGACCAGUAUUGCUCAGGCAUUGCAGGAUAUUGAUAAUGGCACACCGCGGAGAUUGGUGGAUCAAUUGAUUAUGGCCAAGAAGAAGAAGAAAUUGAUGCAGUUGCAGGAUGAUAUACCAGUUAGAGAUACUUAUACGUUGCACAGACAGUCUAUGCCUGCUUCGACUCCAAGCAAGAAUACGAGUAGUUUCGAGAAAGAUGGAUUAUCGUACCUUUCAGGGAAAUUAUCUCUGGACAGUAAAAUCAAUAGCGAAAUGAUUGACGUUAAGGAACCAAUUCGAAGGAUGAUUUCACUGGAUUCUAGUGCAACGUCUAAUGCAAAUUUCGAAGCCGCUUAUCAGGAGCUCAAGAAAGAAAUGUCCAAUGCAAAAAGGCCGUCUUAUAGUCAAGACUUCAAAUUAUUAUUGGAAGAUUCGAAAUUCUCGCUUCCGAAUUAUGCGAUAGGAAAAGAAACGCCACGUAAUUCUGAGGUGAACGAAAAGAAUUCCACUAGCCUGGACAAGGAAGAGUCACAGAAGAAGGAGACUAUAAAACAAGAAAAUGUUUCUUAUAAAGAUAUUUCAGAAACUUCUGUACAGAUUCAACAAAAUGAAUCUUAUAUGAACAACGUCGUUAUUGGCAAGGGAACGGAGGAAUUAUGCAAUGUUAUUGUCGGAAUAUCGAGAGAGACCGACAUAGAACUCUUAAACAAAAGCGACAGAUGGGUCAUAUGCUCACUGAACGUGAACCAAAUUCAAGGUGACAAACAGAAUGUUCAACUAACUUUACCGAAAGAUGUUGUUCUUAUUAAACCGAACUCUCAGCAACGUGCAAAGAUUACAGUAACGGUAGUAGAAAUGUGUAAACCGAUCAUAGCAGUCCUAAAUAUAACAGUAUCAGAUAUGGUAACGAAGUUGGAAUGGAUUAUGAAACAUAUCAUCUGCUUCAAACCAGAGGAACUUAAUGUAGACGUUCUGUGCCCAUCGGAGAAAAAGGCUUUGGACUUUGGCAGCGUCGUUGAAGAUACCUUAACAACGUUGCCGAUCACGAUAAAAAAUAAAAACAGCGUCGACGUUACCCUCAAAUUUUUCAUAGCACAGAAUAGAUCAGCGGUGUUCAGUUUCGAAAAAUCGGAAGAGUCGUAUCAGCUCACCCUCAAAUCGCAAGAGAUAUUCACCAUGAACGUUUCGUGCACGGGAAUCUUGGAAAAAACCACGGAAGCACAAGAACGAUCGUUACAGCAUUACGGCGGUACAUUAAGAAUUCAAGCUAGAAACAAUUCCGAUAAUAAUAUACUGAUUCGAGAAGUUCCUCUUAUCGUACAAGUAGGAACUUGUAAGAUACAAGUGAUUGACACCGAACUGCCGUUGAUUGUUCCUAACAAACAAACUAAACCGUUGGUCGUGAUUAAUCUUGGUACGAUACCGACGACGAUAUCUGCUGCGUUUGUCCAAGACGUCGAAUUUAUGAAAAACUCAAAGUAUUUCUCAGUACAACCAGAAAAAUUGCUUGCGCAGCCUGAGGAAACUAGUUGCUUCCUCGUUACUUAUAAAAAUCAGAGUCCAGACGCUCCGAAAAUGUAUGCGAAAAUCAAAUUGACCAGUGCCAAUAGUGUUCAUUACUACUCUGUAAUCGGAGAAUCGAAUACGUACACCGAAGCAGAGAAUGAAAAUUUCUCUCGCUGUGAAACGCCACAAUGCUCGUCUUCCGUCAGUUCUCCGUCAUCUCCGCAUAGCGUCACGUCGAAUAAAUCAGGAAACUCCGGUAGAAAUUCGCCGCUGAGUUCGGUAUCCGGAGCGACCGUCGCCGGAGACAAGAUUCCGAUCAGAACAACUCAUGCAGCUUUAGUAUGGAACAGCGUGAAAACGGGAAAAUCGGAAGUCAAGGAAUUCACCAUUCGUAAUACGAGCAACAAUAAAAUCAAGAUUCAAGUUACAAUCUCGGACAACGAGAAGAAUUUCCGAUUUCUUCGGGAUCGACAAGCAGCUGGUACGUCCGUUGUAUUAAUUCUGCAAGGCUCAGAAAGCAGGACGAUAUCUGUUAUGUUCAGCCCACAUCACAGUGGCGCGGCUGCUGGUAAGGUAAUAUUUAAACACUACGAGCCUAGAAGAAAUGAUGCUGAAUCUCGUCCUUCGAAAGUGUUAUUUUUAUAUGGCUAUGGUGGUUAUAGCAAAGUUGAAAUUUCCGAAGCUUAUAAAGAUACUACCGGUAAAAUGUGGUUGUCGCUUGGCAGUCUGAAUUCCGGCGGUUCCCUGAACGCAAAGAUCAAGUUACAAAAUAACGGAGAUCUGUGUUCCUAUGUUAAAAUAAAAUUAACACCAAAAGCCGUGUAUCCUACUAUGAUAGCAAGUUGGCAAGUGGAUCCAACAGAGUUAUUGCUAAACCCGAAAGAAGUUCAAUGGGUGUCCCUAGAGUUCCACCCACGGAAGGAAGACUUGGCCGUGUUACAACGAUCUGAUGUAUCGCAUGUAGGAACAUUAUUAAUUACUCAUGGAGACGAACCUACGCGUUUGCGAAUCCGUAGAUUAUACAAUAAGAUGAAGGAGAUUGGCGAAAUAAGCGGCAGUGAAAACGAAACGUUUAGAAACAUAGUUCAUCCAAUAUGCAAAGCUUUUCCUGGAGAACAAUUGACGUCAGAUAUUAGCGUCAUUCGAGAUUCGUUGCAAAAUCUUGGAGAUCUUUGCCGCGGAAUUCGUCAGCACGAGAUAAUGUUGACGAUGGAAGUAUGCGCGGACGAGACUUUAUCUAUCCUCCAGGACAGUGCAGAUGAAUCGCAAAUGUUCUACUCUCUGUGCAGUGAUCACAGUCACAUAUACGAAGGACACGGAGAAAGCUUUCUACCCUCAGAGACCCUAACGGAGAACUCGCAACCAAAAUUGAACGCUGACAAUUUUAUGGUCAGUCCGUCGGUCAUAAUUUUAUCUCCGCCGACCAGAACGGAAGCGAUCGUUACGAUAAAAAGUUCAUGCACUGUGGCACAACCGUUCGAAACUAAUAUAACGCACAGCGAGUAUCUAAGCGUUGUUCCAGCUGAAGGAAUGAUUCCUACUAGAAGAGAUUUUCAACUGAAAGUUCAAUGUAAACGAAAGAUCGAAAGGAAUUUAACCGCUGCUCUCGAGAUUUAUACAGAGAAUAACAAAGUGGAUGUACAAAUACGUGUAAACGUCAAACGAUUGUAAAUUGGCAUGUUAGAAUGAACUUUUUCUAUUGAAGUAUUUAUUAUACAGGAUAUAGUUUCGCAUUUUUAUAUUGGAAAUAUGUUUAUUAUC